GAUGAGGCAUCUGCGGUUUCCUGUGACGUCAGUUAGAUGCGCCCGCAGUUGUUCCCCGGUGGCUGAGCUCAGUUUUACUUUUGACAAACUGGAAGCUGGACAUCUUAACUGACCUUUUUUCUGGACAGACAGAGCAGAGGACAGACAGGACAUGAUGUCUGUUAGAGUUUUAAGAAGAAUGUGCUCUUGUUAGGAGCUGGUCUGUCUUCUCCAUGUGAUUCCAGAGUUUUACGUGGUUUUAUAGUCUUUUAUAACAAUUAUAGUGUUUUAAUGGGACGAGAAGACAUGUUCCGACCGCGCAGGAAGGAGGACAUCCCGGACAGGUGGCAGGACUACACAGCGGUGGGGAAAAGACUGAAAGGAACUCGCUUCAUCGCCUUCAAAGUCCCUCUGAAGCAGGCUUUGAUUAGGACGCUUCCCCCCUCCGAGGUGUUUGGUCCCUGGGAGCUGCUGGAUGCUUUGAAGGAGGACAACCAUGAGCUGGGGCUGAUCAUUGACCUGACUUUCACCUCACGUUAUUACAAUCUGCAGGACCUUCCUCAGUCACUGCUGUGUGUUAAGAUCUUCACAGCUGGCCAUGAGGUUCCCAGUGACCAAACCAUCCUGAGCUUCAAGCGCGCCGUCCACAGGUUCCUCCGAGACAACCAGGACAAUGACAAGCUCAUCGGGGUCCAUUGUACCCACGGACUGAACCGCACCGGCUACCUGAUCUGCAGGUAUCUGAUCGACGUGGACGGGAUGGACCCGGCCCAGGCGGUGCAGCUGUUCAACUCGUCCCGGGGCUACGCUAUCGAGAGACAGAACUACCUGGAUGACCUUCAGCACGGUCCAAAACGGAGUAACGCGGGAAUGGAGGAGUUUGAGCUGGAGCCACAGAGAGGCCAGGCCGUCCAGCGGCCGCCUGUCGCAGCUCCUUUCAGGAGAGUUCGCCGUGACUACUACAGGUCACAUCAGCGUGGAGGACCGAGCCACCGCCCUUCCCCAUACGCCCCUCACCCCGCCCACACACCCUGCCCUCCAUUACUCGCCCGCCCUCCCUUACUCGCUCAGCCUCCUCUGGCUCCUCCACCAGUCUUGUUCCAUCCCAUCAGAUGGGCCCCUCAGCCCCCAGCUCAAUGGAGAGCCCCUCACUCAGGCACCAACAGGUCCAGGCACCCCCCUCUACCUGACCCACAGUGGCACCCCUCCUUUGCCUUGCUAGACAGAGGUGGAGCUCUGCCCAACCUUCCUCGCUACUCCCCCAACUGGACAUCUGUUGCUAAUGGAGAGGGAUCAGCUGACGACAGGAGUGGGCCAAAUUUAAGGAACCCGGUCAGAACCUCCCAGCGACCCAGCGCUAACAGAUACGAUGGCUGUUAGUUAUCAAGACAAAGCAGGUUAAAGGGGACAUAACGUACAAAACCCAUUUUUUAAGCCCUUAAAUUCAGUUUUUUGUGUAAUUUGAGCCUCUAGUAGUGCCAUGUGCAGUUGAGGUCCAGGUUUUCAGGCUGUCCUCACUUUUUGAGCUAAACCUAAUUUAACUCAGUCUGUUUGUUCAGAUGGAUCCCGUCCACAAUAUGUGGUCUCACCAAAAACUCCCCCAAAAAGUCAAUUCAACUGAAUCAUAAACACACAUUCAAGGUUAAGUUCAGUUUAUUUUUCAAACUGGUUGAACAGUUUCCUAAGGAAACCCAGCAGAUUGAUUUUUCCUGGACCAAUAUGUAGUGACGGCACAAAUGGAAAUGCCUUUUUUAAAGAAUUCUUUUAACUCUAGUCAAAAUUAUUAUAUUUUUUCGACUCGAGUGUUUUUUUUACUCAAAUGUCCUUUAUUGUGUUCAGACAGGAAAGUAGGUAAUGAGAGAGAGAGAAUAAAUGGGAACAAAGGUCACCAGGCGAGGACCCAUGUGGGUUGUGCUUACCGCACCCUGACUCUAGUGUUUCUUAUUUAAUUUUUUUGACUGUACUGGUUUGUAUUUAAAAGGAAGUGUGCAGGGAGAAAGGGGAGAGAGACGUGCAGUAAAGGACCCGAGGAUGGGACUUGAACUCGGGACGGCUGCAUUGAGGUCUCUGUAUAGUUAGAGCAUGGCGCCCACUCUAAACACUGCGCCACAUAACGCCCUGGAAAAUGCCUUUUUAACAGAAGGAAAGCUCCAACAGAACCAGAACCGAGCUCUGUAUGAGUGGCCAUCUGCUGCGACCGACUGGAGGUUUGAGGAGGUUUGAGGCGCCGAUUUAUGUUUUCGCAUCCACCUGAAAAAUAUGUAGUUGCGACCCUGCCCAAAUGAUUCAAAUAAAACUUUAUUUCAUUGAAACUUAGUUUUUCUUUUUUUGUGUUGUUUAGUGCAGCUUCAAUGUCAUUUUGGUGAAAACCCUUUAAGGAUGUGUUUCACUUUUUGUGCUGACAGAUCCCAUAUGUUUCCAAUUAUUGUAUGUGAUCAUCUCAGAUACACAUGAAUCUGUUUUCUUCAUAAUAAAAAUAAAUGUUUUACUGUA